AUGGGCCCCCAAGGCGCACAGGUCUCAGACGACGUGGAUGUGGACAUGCAGAACGAUGAGGGCAUCAGCAUUGAUCAGGAGCAGCGGGUGAUCAACGAAGAGUACAAGACGUGGAAGAAGAACAGUCCAUUCCUUUACGACAUGAUCCUGAGCAAUGCUCUACCAUGGCCGACUCUGACGACACAGUGGUUUCCCGACGUCAAGGUGCUCGAGGAGAAGAAGUCGCGUGUCUACCGGUUGCUGCUCGGCACGCACACGUCCGAGGACCUGCCCAACUACCUGCAGAUCGCUGAGGUCUCGAUCCCGAUGCUGAGCGAGCCAAACGUGAACGACUAUGACGAGGAGCGCGGCGAGAUUGGCGGCUACGGCAACAAGGGCUCCAGCGGAGCCAACAGCGGCAGCGGUAGCGGCAGCGGCAGCAACGGCGCAGGCGGCAGCAACGGUGCGGCACCGUCCAUCAGCUUCAACAUUGUCCAGCGCAUCGACCACCCGCAGGAGGUCAACAAGGCGCGCUACCAGCCGCAGAACCCAGACAUUCUGGCGACGCUCUGCGUCGACGGCCGCGUCCUCAUCUUCGACCGCACCAAGCACAGCUUGACGCCCUCGGGCACCGUGAACCCGCAGUUUGAGCUGGUAGGCCACAAGCAGGAGGGCUUUGGCCUGGCGUGGAACCCACACGAGGCCGGCUGCCUGGCGUCCGGCAGCGAGGACACCACUGUGUGCCUCUGGGACCUCAAGCAGGCCACGGCCGGCAGCAAGACCAUCAAGCCCGCACGGCGCUUCACCCACCACAAGAACAUUGUCAACGACGUGCAGUACCACCCAAUCAGCAAGAGCUUCCUGGGCAGUGUGUCGGACGACAUGACCCUGCAGGUGGUCGACAUUCGGCAGGCGACGAGCGAUAAGGCGGCUCUGGUGGCACGCGACGGGCACACGGACGCGAUCAACGCGCUCGCCUUCAACCCGACCAGCGAGUACAUUGUGGCCACGGCGUCGGCGGACAAGACGAUCGGCCUGUGGGAUCUGCGCAACGUGCGCGAGAAGGUGCACACCCUCGAGGGCCACAACGACGCCGUCACGUCGCUGGCGUGGCACCCGCACGAGGCUGCCAUUCUGGGUAGCGGCUCGUACGACCGCCGCAUCAUCUUCUGGGACCUCAGCCGCGUCGGUGAGGAGCAGCUGCCUGACGAUCAGGAGGACGGUCCCCCGGAGCUGCUGUUCAUGCACGGCGGCCACACGAACCACCUUGCCGACUUCAGCUGGAAUCCCAACCCGGCCGACUCGUGGCUGGUCUGCAGCGCCGCCGAGGACAACCUACUGCAGAUCUGGAAGGUUGCCGACUCGAUUGUCGGCCGCGACGACGCGGACCUGCCCGUGGAUGAGAUGGACCGCUAG